CCCAUCGGCCACUGCGGCGCCGAGUUUCUUUAUGAUGGAAACAAUCCACCAGUUGUGAUGGAGGCGACCGGACAUUCCCCAGAGAAACUCAAGAUACAAAAGAAGCAGGAAAAUAAAGCAAAGAGACUACAAAAACAGAUAACUGAUCUGUGCAGGCAAAAUCCAGAUGGCAUUCCAUUGAGCCAUAUCAGCACAAUUUAUUUGCAAACAUACCAUAAAUGUCUUAAUGUGAAGAAAUGUGGCUUUACCUCAGUCAGAUCUUUCCUGGAGUCCGUGGACGAUGUGUUGGAUGUUGUGUCAGAUCAGAAUGGCUUUGUUGUCAAAGAAAAGACAAGCAGUGCUUCUGGACAAAUAGAUGGCCCAGCUGCUUCUCCUUUACACCAUACUGGACAAACAUUAGCACUGUUUCCACUGCCCAAAUUCAAAGGUGUGCCACAAGUACGACUUUGCCAAGAAAUUCUUGCCUUACUCAGAUGUUUCCCUGAUGGCAUUGACCUGUGCCAACUUAGAACAAGCUACAAAGAAAUGUAUCGGAAGAAGCUGAAUUUAGCCAAAUCUGGUAUUGAUACAAUGCAGGAGCUGUGUGUCCUUCUUGGAAACACUGUAAGCAUUGAACGUCGAGACCAGAAAAAUAUUAUUAAAAUUGUGACCAGGGAGGACUUUGGAGAGAACCAAGAAAUGUGUAGGAAGCCUCUUACUGCUUUUGUAGAGCUACCAGAAAGUAUUUGUGCAUCUGGCAAGUUACAUUCAGCUAAAUGUAUGGACCGUGUUCAACAAGAAAUUCGUGAUCUAUUUGAAUUGUACCCAGAAGGCAUUCCUUUACAGAAAAUUGCAGAGAUCUACAACAAAAAAUACAAGCGGAACCUGAGGCUUGCUGCAUUUGGUUUCCGAUCCAUCCGCAGUUUUAUAGAGUCAGUCGAAGGUCUUCAGAUCCAGGGGGAUCUUGCACUGCUUAAAAUGGAUGAUGAGCACCAAGAAAAUGCUUCUGAACCAGUGAAACAACGACAUCUACCAACCACAACCACCCCUGAGCCUCCCAGGGCUGCUCCUCCAGUAGAAUCACAAACUGUUGUUCCAAAUGCAUCUGUCAGAACAGCUUCUGAAUUAUCAGCAAGUAAAAUCACCAAAGAGCAACUGUUCGAGAAUAUUUCAAAGGUCCUGAAGGCCAAUCCAGCUGCUGCCUUCUCUAUGUUGGAGCUGCAGGGUUGAUUCCACAGCAGAAGCAGAAUGUUGGUGCAAACCUGUUAACACCUACCAAAUCUACUCCACCCGUCACCAUUCCUAAAAUGCCA